AUAACUAUAUGAAGGAUGAAAAUACAGUAACUUUAUAAAAAAAGAAAAAAGGAACAAUAUUCUAAGUUUCUUUUUACGUCCCUCAUGCAAACAUAAUGUUUAAACAACAUUUGAUUGAUAGCAUGGGCCAUCAUUAAGUCAACUGAAAGAGUUCAAAAGGGCGGACCAUCUAUAUUCCAUGGCACAUUGGAGUAUGAGCAUAUAAAUGCUGAAAAGAAAGCCCGAUUUAUGCGCACUCAGAUGGGUGCAUCCCUCCCGUGAAUGGGGUGGAUUAAGCGCGAUCUCACCCAUGUGAUGGCCGGGGGUUUCUUUGUGGUUCGUAAAAGCCUGGCUGGCCGUUCACCGCUCGUCGCGCAGAUUUCCAUCAACAUGACAAUAAAAGGGGAUAUUCUCCUCUGAAUUGCCAAUAGGUAACACUUUCGUAUAGUUUAUGGAAUAAUGUUAAGUGUUUUCGUCCUUUAAGGAUAAAUAUUAGAGGCUGUCGAUGGUUUGGUGAUUUUUCUGUGGAUUUUGACGGUUAUGUUCCAGGUGCAACAGUCGCGGGAAUUGGACAUGAAGCGUCACAAUGAAUCGACAAGUUCCUUGUUGAAUUUCGUGGACAUUGCAUCUAGCAAUAUCAAAAUGGCCCUGGACCGACCGACAAAGUCCAAACGGAAGGUCAACCAUCGAAAAUAUCUACAGAAACAGCUAAAGAGUUGUGGAACUGUUCAGCAAGAGGACCACAGCAGACGACAGUUGUCAGGGACCCAACAAAUCAAGCUGAUGAGAAAGGAUGGAGCACAGGCUGGUGUACAGAUGAAGUCUCUGCAGGAUUUAUUCGACCCAAGAACCUUGCAUGAGAAAUGCUGCGCCGAUCCUUGCAGCAAAAGCCGGGGAUCGAAGGUACCAUUGAGAAAACGAAACCUUCCGCCGUCUUUCUUUCUGGAACCGUCAAGGCCAGAGCAGAGAGACAGUCUAGUUGAGUCGCUUACUUCCGCUCUCCCAGACGAUUUUCUGCAUUCGUUUCACCGUGCGCCAGAGUUGGAUACCCUGUCUUCGGACACGUUGGACUCAAUCCUUGGAAAUCACGACUUCCAGGAACUCCUCAAUGUUGGGCAAUGGAACGACUCAAGCAGAGACAGUUCAGAAAGCGACCCCUGUUCAUCCAAUUCGGAUUACAGUGCCUUCAAUAAUACCGUGUAUUUUUCAGAAAUUCGUAGUCCAGAUGAAUUUCCACACGAGGCCUGGUCGUCGUCGCAAACCUGUUCAAACACGUCACAAACAAUGUUCACCGAUAACGCCAGUUCCCAAGUUUGUCACCAGCCAUUUGAACAGCUGCUGUUGCCGGAACCAAAAUCAAAUCCUGCCUUGUCACCUCGGGACACUUCAUCCAAACUGCCAACAUUUCCACAAGCUUUCCUUAAUAGAGACUGCUUGAGUUCUAGCCAACAGUGGGGAGAGGUUCCUUUCUAUUCGUGUUACACAUAUCUUUGAACACUUCUAUUAAUCACGUUUGCUUUUUGAAAUCGUGGUUGUACUGUAUAUAUCUUUAUAGUAUAGCAUCGUCUUAUUCAUAUUUUAAUAAAGGAUGUAAUUUUUUGUUACAUUUAUUUUAUGUUGAAUUUAAUGUCAUGCGCGGAUCCAGAAAUUUUUUCCAGGGGGGGGUCCGAAGGAUAAUUGUGUUUGCCAGGGGGGGGUCCGAGGCAUAUUUUCGCGAUAAUUUUACUAUGUAAAUUUAAUAAAUUUUCAUUUUCCAGGGGGGGUCGGGACCCCCCCGACCCCCUCUCUAGAUCCGCGCAUGAAUGUAUUGUAGUGACUGGUCAAAUUUUUAAAACGUACUGAAUCGUAGUAAUAAGUAUAUAUUAAGAUUUACAAGUACAGGUGUACAUUGAUCCGUCUUGUAAGAGAAUACAAGUUCAGGUAAUGUCAAAGUUAUUACAUCACAAUCAAUAAAAAUAUAUUUAGAAAUGUUGAGAUUUCAAUAAACUUCUUGUUGAUAAAUAGAAUAUAUUUUGACGCUGAAAAAGUAAUAUACGAAUUUUUUUUACUAUCAAUACUUUAUGUGCUAUACCACUUCGUGUUUUGAUUUGUUGUACUAAUAUAUAAGUAAAAAUGACAUACUAUUAGCGUACUAUUCUAAUGUUUAUUUUAAUGCUUAAUUCAGCUCAUUUUACUUCAAACCCUGUUUUGAAUUGAAUUGAUAUUUACAUGAAUUAUUUAUUGUUGAUUAAUAAUAUUAAUGUACGAUUGACGUCAAACACACUCGUACGAUUCGUCUCUUAUAUCGCUCUACAAAUAAUGCUCACAGACGUAUUUUUUAUUCAAUCUUCUGUCUCUUGUUGUAUCACCGAAAACUCGUUAAAUUAAUUUCACGAUCUCCUCAUGUUAUAUGUACACGUAAUGUUUGUUUGUUCCAAUAAAAUAUCAGUCUGUUCUGAAAAUCAUGUGAGAACUGAUUAAUUAACUUUACCCACCCCACCCACUGUAGCAUAAACCCAAUGCCAUCACACUAUAGUAUAUGCAGCAGAAUCAUCAUCACUCGAUCAAAGAAGACCCAUGUGACCAAUCUAAUUUCAAGAUAAACUCGAUUAAAAGAAGUUUGAUUAUGGAUAUUAAUACAUGUAAGUAAUUAUAUAAUAAACAUAUUGAUACUUCAUCCAUUACUGUAAGAGUGAAAAAAUGAGGAAAUAAUCAGUUUCGAAUUUUGACAGUGGGCACAAUCAUUCCUGUUGGCGUUGGUAGCGCUCGAUUUAAAUUAUAUUGAACAAUUUUCUGUGAUAAUUCAUCUCUCUCUUUCUCUCUC